CCUCAGUUCUCAGCUGAUCUGCCUGGUUGUUCAGCUAUUAUCACCGGUGAAGUGAAAGGUAAGGAAGGUGAAUUAGAAGGGCUUCUGUCAUCCAGGAGAAAGAAGAAUGUUUUUUCUGAGGACUUCUACAUUAAUGCAACAGUGAACUGUCAAGCUUACAUUGAAAAAAGAGGUUUCAUCACAGUUCCUCUCAGUGAGGAAGAGAAAGAUUUCCCCAUUGCAUACUCCAUGGUGAUCCAUGACAAGAUUGAGAUGUUUGAGCGGCUUCUACGAGCUGUUUAUGCUCCUCAGAACAUCUACUGUGUACACGUGGACCAGAAAUCAUCUGCUACAUUCAGGCACGCUGUGGCAGCGAUUGUUUCAUGCUUUCCCAAUGUGUUUGUAGCCAGUAAAUUAGAAAGAGUGGUAUAUGCCUCGUGGUUCAGAGUACAGGCAGAUCUGAAUUGCAUGAAAGAUCUGCUAAAUACUCACAUCAACUGGAGGUACCUGCUUAACACCUGUGGGACAGACUUCCCCAUUAAAACAAACAGAGAGAUGGUGAGGGCACUGAAGUUUCUUAAUGGGAGGAACAGCAUGGAGUCUGAGGUGACUCCUGGCUACAAGAAAGGUCGUUGGCAGUAUCACCACAAUAUCACAAACAGUGUUAUCAAAACAAAUGUGAGGAAAAGUGACCCACCAAUCAACAUCCCCAUGUUCUCAGGAAAUGCCUACUUUGUAGUCACAAGAGCGUUUGUGGAACAUGUGAUGGAGGACAGAGAGGUUCAGAAGUUUCUGGAGUGGGAGAAGGACACAUACAGCCCUGAUGAGCACAUCUGGGCCACCCUGCAGAGGAUGCCCCCUCUUCCUGGGUCAGUGCCCCAAAAUGGGAGGUAUGACAUGUCAGACAUGCUAGCUUUGGCUCGUGCAGUGAAGUGGUGGUAUUCAGCAGGAGAUAUGAAUAAGGGAGCCCCAUAUUACCCAUGCACUGGUGUUUACAGAAGAGCUGUUUGUGUGUAUGGAGUUGGUGACCUCCCAUGGCUCCUGAAACAACACCACCUGUUUGCAAAUAAGUUUGAUCCAGAGGUUGAUGAUGUUGCCAUAAGGUGUCUGGAAUCAGUCCUGCGUUUCAAAGCUUUAGGCCAUGACCCACUGUUCACUCAGGAAAAUGUGACCAUUGUGUAA